AAGAGGGUUCGGCUGUUGCCACGGCGACGGGUAAACAAGGGGCGGUGCUUCCCGGAGCCGGCGGCGGAGGGCACGAUGCCCAGCAGUGUGUGCUCGCUGAGUGCUUCCUCCAAUGCUUCCUCCGGCCGUUCCCGCUCCCAUUCUCACGCCCGCUACAGAACCAAGGCUGCCAACUCGGAAGUGGAUGAGAGCCUCUUCGGGCUUGCCAAGAACGUUCACCUGUCUCGCACUGGCAGCCCCAUUGUCGUCCUGCGCGAUGUGGAGUUCGCAGGAAAAUCCCUCGGCUGGGGCCACAAGCCUGAGAGGAUCCGUCUCAUCACUCGAGACCUCAUCCGGGACCUCAUCGUGCCCACACUCGACCCGUCAGGAGAGUCCCUGAUCAUGAGCCCCGAGGACUUCAAGCGCAUCAAAGACUCCUCCCGCGUCCUGAGCAAGGAGGAGCGGGAAGCUCAACAAGCGGUCCUCAAGGCCAAGCGGGAAGCCACCAUGGCUGCCGUGAACGAGCGGAAGAAAUCCAUGAAACUCAAGGAGAUCUUGCGGAAGAAGAACGAGAAGCUGAACGACCUAGAACAAGAGGCCAGGGAACGGGCGCAGUACCUGCUGGAGCGGGCCAACAACCUGCGCAUGGAGCAGGAAGAUGAGAUCAAAUCCCUUGCCGAGAUCAUCCUGGAGGCCAAAUGCCACGCCAUCCGCGACGCCCAGAUGCUGGAGAAGAAGCAGAUUGAGAAGGAGCUGACCGAGGAGGAGAUGCGGCUGGCCAAGAUGAUGGAGACGGAGAGGCAGAAGGCCAGCAAGAUGCAGGAGGAGCUGGAGCAGAAGAGGAAGGAGGAGAAAUUCAGGGGGAGGCGCCACAUCAUCGAGCAGAUUGAGAAGAAUGAGGAGCUGCGCGCCAUGAAGACUGAGCAGCGGGACCAAGAGGCCCAGGAGAUGCUGGACUACUUGGAGCGGCUGCAGUUUGAAGACGAGAGGGAAAUGGAACGCAGGAGGCAAGAGCAGCUUCGGAUCCAGGCCGAGAUCAAGAACAUCAAUGACGAGAACCAGAAGCGGAAAGAGGAGAAGAUGGAGCAGGAGAAGAUGGCCGACAUGCAGGUGCUGGAGUACCAGCGGAAGAAGAUGGCACGGGAGGCUGAGUUUGAGGCCGAACAGGAAAGAAUCCGUCGGGAGAAGGAGAUGGAGACAGCCGGCCUGCGGGCUCUGCAGGAGAAGGCCCAGGAUCACCAAGCAGAGCAGGAUGCGCUCAGGGCCAAGCGCAACCAGGAGGCGGCUGAGCGGGAAUGGCGCCGGAAGGAGAAGAACACCGCGCAGAAGAAGGCCCAGACGGAAGCCAUGCUGAAGCAGAGCCGCCUGGAGCAGGUGGCCCAGAAGGAGCACAGCCUGGCUGUCCAGGUGCAGCGGGACCGGGCCGAGUUCGAGCGGAUUGUCAGAAUCCAACAGCAACAGAUUGAGAAGGAACGGAAGGAGCAUGAGCGGCGUGUGGCUCUUCAGCAGACCCAUGCCGACGAGAUCCGGCGCCAGGUGCGCGAGCACCAGCAGAAGCAAGUCCAGGAGCGCAUUGCCAUCUUCGAGGAGGGCAAGCGGCUCAAGGAGGAGGCGCGUCGGCGCAGCGAGCGCAUCAAUGAGAUCAAGCGGAAGAAGCUGGACGAGCUCCGAGCUGCCGGCCUCCCCGAGAAGUACUGUGCCCAGGUGGAGCGCAAAGCCUAUGUCCAGUCAGCCCCAGUGCACUGAAAUGGGGGUGGGGUGGGGAGAUGCUGUCCCACACCUCACACCCUGUAGACUGUCACUGUGUAGCCUAGAUUUUCUAUUUUCUUACUUUCCAAGAGUGUUUUACGAAUAGAGCUAUUUCUGGAUAUAUCUAUGUAGCCUUGUGGUUUUACCCUCCCCCCCUACAAGUCUCGAUCCACACGCUCAUGGAGCCAUUAGCCCCUCAAUUAGGGAUGGUUGAAUCUGUCCGUUUCUCAGUUUUCCCAGUCUUAAGUUCACUGGCCCACAUCAAUUUAUGACACGUACACACACAUAUACAUACUAAGGGGCCUUUGCCCUCCCUGCUUGCUCCACUCACCCCCCCCCAGGCAGCCCCACUCCUUGUCGUACUGUGCGGAAUUCAGCCAGACCCACUGCUAAGCAUAAAGUACCAGCCUGAGGCUUGGAUGUCAGAAACAAGACAGGUUCAGACGCAA